UAGGGUUUUAGAAAAAAAGGUUUACUCUUCUCCAUCGUCGCGCAUCUGCAACUCGGAGUAAACUUACAGAAAUGCCUCGAGUCAUCUCCAACGAGACCCUCGGCUGCCCUCCGAUCCGUACUUUAACCUUUGAUUCUCUCGGCUUAAUCAAAGUGACUGAAGCUCGAGGUAAAGAGAGAGGCACCCCGACUGUAGUCAACACAUGGGGGGAGAUGAAUGCUUCCAGAUGCGUUCUUGCCGCUUCCAUGGAUGACCGUCUAAACAACCCGGUAAAACAAAAAAAGCUUUUGGCUGUGGCGAGAAAAGAUGGCAACGUUGAGGUUCUUAAUCCUUGUAAUGGUGAUCUUCACUUUGCAUACUCUGUGUUUGGUGAUAACGAAAUCUCCGGCCUGCACUUAUUCAGAAAGCAAAAAGAAGAUCAAACUGAAAAGUCUUGCACAUUGCUUACAUGCACGAGAAAGGGAGAUGUGAGCCUCAGAACAGUUCAGUUUCCUGAUGCACGUGCUGAUUCUUCAGAUGACGCUGCUCCCAAAACUUGGAAAGCAUGUGGUUCUGGUGAACUAUUGGUUGGUAAAGUGGACGGGACUGAGAACUUCGGCUUGUUCGGAGGGAAACGUGUUGAAGUCAAUAUAUGGGAUCUUGAACAAUGUACUAAGAUCUGGAGCGCAAAAUCUCCUCCCAAAGACAAUCUCGGGAUCUUCACGCCAACCUGGUUCACUUGUGCUGCAUUCAUGAGCAACGAAGAUCACCGUAAAUUUGUCACUGGAACCAAGUCUCACCAGGUUCGUCUUUAUGAUGUUUCUGCUCAACGUAGACCGGUCAUGUCCUUUGAUUUCCAUGAGACUGCUAUUACAGCAAUCACCGAAGACCCAGACGGUCAUACUGUCUAUGUCGGGAAUGCUUCUGCUGACCUCGCUGCCUUUGAUAUACGAACAGGAAAGCUGUUGGGAAGCUUUUUAGGAAAGUGUUCUGGAAGCAUAAGAUCAGUUGUUAGACAUCCACAUCAUCAAGUGAUAGCUUCUUGCGGGCUAGACCGAUAUCUACGGGUUUAUGACGUGAAGACACGUCAACUCAUCUCUGCGGUUUUCUUGAAGCAGCAUCUUACAGGUCUCGUCUUUGACUCAGGCUUUAGUGGAGAAGAGAUAGCCGUCGCAAACACGGUGGUUGAGGCUGAAACAGAAGAGACCAUGGAGCAGGAAGGUCAAGAAGAAGAGAAUGGUGAUGAAACAGAGGAGGCUCCUGUGAAGAGAAAGAAGUCAAAGAAAGAGAAACGUAGUAGAGAAAAAGUCUCUGAGGGUGAAGAGAUAGACAAGCUAAGAAGCAAGAAGACUAGUUUUCUAAGUUUUUUUCCAAAAACAUUGCUUUUGUACUUGCUUUUCUAAUCUGAGCUAUAGUUUUGAACAACACUUCAACGAAGAGUUUUGAUUCAACCUCCACGUGUAAUUCAUACUCUGAAAAGUUAACAAUGUCCA